CAAUAUAGUUCAACCAACAAGGGACAAAGCAUCCGAUGUGAGCUUUUGGAGGCCAUUCUCUUUCAAACCACCACAGGCAAUUGCUAAAAUUUGGCCGGACACUGUCCUAGCUGAAGCACACUGCAGCAAGACUGCUUAGCUCUCUGUUAUGUCUCCAGGUACCAGCUGGAGGAUGAGUCUGCCCAUUUGGAUGAAAUGCCACUGAUGAUGUCUGAAGAAGGCUUUGAGAAUGAUGAGAGUGAUUACCACACCUUACCUCGAGCUAGGAUAACUCGGAGAAAAAGAGGACUAGAGUGGUUUGUCUGUGGUGGAUGGAAGUUCCUCUGUACCAGUUGCUGUGAUUGGCUGAUAAAUGUCUGUCAAAGAAAGAAAGAACUGAAAGCUCGAACAGUGUGGCUUGGAUGUCCAGAGAAAUGUGAAGAAAAGCAUCCUAGGAAUUCUAUAAAAAACCAGAAAUACAAUAUAUUUACCUUUAUCCCUGGGGUUUUGUAUGAACAAUUCAAGUUUUUCUUGAAUCUCUAUUUUCUGGUAGUGUCCUGCUCACAGUUUGUACCAGCACUGAAAAUUGGCUACCUCUACACCUACUGGGCUCCUCUGGGAUUUGUCCUGGCUGUUACUAUUGCACGUGAAGCGAUUGAUGAAUUUCGACGUUUUCAGCGAGACAAGGAAAUGAAUUCACAGUUAUAUAGCAAGCUUACAGUAAGAGGUAAAGUGCAAGUUAAGAGCUCAGACAUACAAGUUGGAGACCUCAUCAUAGUGGAAAAGAACCAAAGAAUUCCAUCAGAUAUGGUAUUUCUUAGAACUUCAGAGAAAGCAGGUUCAUGUUUUAUCCGCACGGACCAGCUAGAUGGUGAGACCGACUGGAAGCUGAAGGUGGCAGUGAGCUGUACACAACGGCUACCAGCCCUAGGGGACCUUUUUUCUAUCAGUGCCUAUGUUUAUGCUCAGAAGCCACAACUGGAUAUUCACAGUUUUGAAGGAACAUUUACCAGGGUUGGUUUGCUGGACCUUGAACUCAAUCAGCUGACAAAGGCGUUAUUUCUGGCUUUAGUUGUUCUUUCUAUUGUUAUGGUAACCUUACAGGGAUUUGCAGGUCCAUGGUACCGGAAUCUUUUUCGGUUCCUCCUUCUCUUUUCCUACAUCAUUCCCAUAAGUCUGCGAGUAAACUUGGACAUGGGCAAAGCAGCAUAUGGAUGGAUGAUUAUGAAAGAUGAGAAUAUUCCUGGUACAGUUGUUCGGACCAGCACGAUACCCGAGGAACUUGGACGCCUGGUGUACUUACUGACAGACAAAACAGGAACACUCACUCAGAAUGAGAUGGUAUUUAAGCGGCUCCAUCUGGGCACUGUCUCCUACGGAACAGACACUAUGGACGAAAUCCAAAGCCACGUCCUCAAUUCCUACUUGCAGGUACACUCCCAACCAAGUGGGCACAACCCAAGUUCUGCUCCACCGAGAAGAAGCCAGGCUUCAACCCCUAAAGUUAAAAAAAGCGUCAGCAGCAGAAUCCACGAAGCAGUGAAAGCCAUCGCUCUUUGUCACAACGUUACUCCUGUGUACGAGGCUCGGGCUGGAGUCACCGGAGAGACUGAGUUUGCUGAAGCAGACCAAGACUUCAGUGAUGAGAACCGCACCUACCAGGCAUCCAGCCCUGAUGAGGUGGCACUGGUGCGAUGGACGGAGAGUGUCGGGCUCACUCUGGUCAGCAGGGACCUUGCUUCCAUGCAGCUGAAGACCCCCAGUGGCCAGGUCUUGACCUACUGCAUCCUGCAGAUGUUCCCCUUCACCUCGGAGAGCAAGCGGAUGGGCAUCAUUGUCAGAGAUGAAUCCACAGCAGAAAUCACAUUCUAUAUGAAAGGUGCUGAUGUCGCAAUGUCCACCAUUGUCCAGUACAAUGACUGGCUAGAAGAGGAGUGUGGAAACAUGGCACGCGAGGGGCUGCGGACCCUUGUGGUGGCAAAGAGGACCCUGACAGAAGAACAGUACCAGGACUUUGAAAGCCGAUACAGUCAAGCCAAACUGAGCAUCCAUGACCGGACACUGAAAGUAGCUGCAGUUGUGGAAAGCCUGGAGAGGGAGAUGGAGCUGCUGUGCCUCACUGGGGUGGAGGACCAGCUCCAGGCUGAUGUGAGGCCCACGCUCGAGAUGCUCCGGAAUGCAGGGAUCAAGAUUUGGAUGCUAACAGGUGAUAAACUAGAGACGGCUACUUGCAUUGCCAAAAGCUCACACUUGGUGUCCAGAACUCAAGACAUUCAUAUUUUCAGGCCAGUAACCAAUCGGGGAGAGGCCCAUUUGGAGCUGAACGCGUUUAGAAGGAAGCAUGACUGUGCGCUGGUCAUAUCUGGGGACUCUUUGGAGGUCUGCCUGAGGUACUACGAGCAUGAACUUGUGGAGCUAGCCUGCCAAUGCCCUGCCGUUGUCUGCUGCCGCUGCUCACCCACCCAGAAGGCCCACAUCGUGACCCUAUUGCGCCAGCAUACCAGAAAGCGCACCUGUGCCAUCGGUGAUGGUGGAAAUGACGUGAGCAUGAUCCAGGCUGCUGACUGUGGGAUCGGGAUCGAAGGGAAGGAGGGGAAGCAGGCUUCUCUGGCAGCGGACUUCUCCAUCACGCAAUUCAGACACAUCGGCAGGCUGCUCAUGGUGCAUGGGCGGAACAGCUACAAGCGGUCUGCAGCACUUGGCCAGUUUGUCAUGCACAGGGGCCUCAUCAUCUCCACCAUGCAGGCUGUAUUUUCUUCAGUCUUCUACUUUGCAUCUGUCCCGCUGUACCAGGGAUUCCUUAUGGUUGGGUAUGCAACUAUCUAUACCAUGUUCCCAGUGUUCUCCUUAGUUUUGGACCAAGAUGUGAAGCCAGAAAUGGCGAUUCUCUACCCAGAGCUGUACAAGGACCUCACUAAGGGGAGAUCCCUUUCCUUCAAGACCUUCCUCAUUUGGGUUUUGAUCAGUAUUUACCAAGGUGGCAUCCUCAUGUACGGGGCCCUGGUGCUCUUUGAGGCAGAGUUCGUCCAUGUCGUGGCCAUCUCCUUCACAGCGCUGAUUCUGACUGAGCUGCUCAUGGUGGCUCUGACCAUCAGGACAUGGCACUGGCUCAUGGUUGUGGCCGAGUUCCUCAGUCUGGGCUGCUAUGUUGCCUCACUUGCUUUUCUAAAUGAGUAUUUUGAUGUUGCCUUCAUCACAACUGUGACCUUCUUGUGGAAAGUGUCAGCCAUCACUGUGGUCAGCUGCCUUCCACUCUACGUGCUCAAGUACUUGAAGCGAAAGCUGUCUCCUCCCAGCUACUCCAAGCUGUCCUCCUGAGUAUGACAUGAGGCCAGGUAGAGACACUCCUGCGCUGGGCAGCAUGAGGGACUGGCACUGCUGGUGGGCUGAGGGCUGAGCUCACCUGGCCUUCCUCCCAGUGUCUGUACUGAAGCAACGUGAACAGCUACUGAAAGGAAGUGAUUGCUUCGGCACAGCUGGGCAGGGUUUAGUUCCUGAGCAUCGCAAGCAUAAUUUCUGCAGUGUCCCAGCAUUCGCCUCCUUUCUUUGACGGUGUACUGUAGAAAGCCAUUCCUGCUCAGACUGGAGAUGCCAUGCCUGCACAUGCCACUGCACCUCAGCAGACAGUGGGCCUGCUCGUCUGCCCUCUGCCACUGGCACACUCCGCCUCAGAUGCAGUUUUGCUUUUCAGUGGACACCACACACUUAACAAGCCCAAGUGGCCAAGCGGUGACACUUCUGAUAUCCUAAUUCCGUUGCAGCUAUGAAUGUAAACCAUUCCUCGAGGCACUGCCGUUAGCUGAUACAUUUUUAUAUCUGUAAAACCAUAUUCAAAACUGUUUACGUAGAACUCAGCUGUCCUGUGCAACUCACAGCACCACAAUGCUUUGCUUCCUCAGUAGGUGUCCCUAGGCCAUGUGGCUACUCUCAGUACUCUGAGCUUGUGAUGGCAGAUCCCCUGUCGAAGGCUGCACUGAGGGCUGAUGGGAGUUCCUUGGAGGGAUGCUGGACUUAAUUCACCCCCAAGUAUUGUGUGCGUGCAGCUCUGCACAUUGUGUGUGGCCGCCACACAAUGACCUGUGACCUCAGCUCUUCACACUGUACAGCAGGCUGUGGGAGUCUCCUUUGCACUAGUUUUGUAUAUGCCUAUGCUCUUCAGCCUGACUUCCCCUCAGAUGUGGGCCCUGAGACCCUAACCCUUGGGGAAGGACAAGCUGGGUGAGCAGAGCACUGUGGACAUGGCCCUAACAGGCCAUGGUCUGUGCAGAACCUUCCACCUAGGCUCCUGUGAGCACUGCUCUUCAGAGGAGAAACUCUUUGACUGCAAAUAAAGCUUCAUUGGUCCCUACA